GGGCGAGGCCAGGGAGGGGCCUGGAGGCCGGCGGUCUCGGCCUUGGUGGGAGACCGGGUGGGAGGAGCGGCGGUGACGUGCAGGUAACUGCGCCCCGGCCGGGCGUGCAGUACCCCCGGCCCGCGCCCCCUUCUAUUGCUUCACCGCGCGCACGUGGCAAAUACGGGCGUGGCGUUCUCCUGUCCUCUCCCUGCGCCGUCAGGUCUCCGCGUGAGUCUCUCGCGUCCUAUCCUGGCCAGGUCGGGCCGCUCCGGUGGCUCCGGUCCGUGGGAACCCGGUGGGCAGAGGCGAUCUGCCCCGGGCCCGGCAGCACCUGCUUGCUGCAGACACAGACCGUGAGCUCGAGGACUCUGGUGUCCUGUUUCCCUUGACCUUGAGGACCUGGGAAGGUCACAUACGCCAUGGCUAUGACUAGUGUCCGAUUGCCCAGCAGCGUUUUAAGAAAGCCAGAGGCCUGGAUCGGACUCUGUGGAGCGCUACGAGGGACACCUUCACACAAGCGCUGUGCAUCCUUGAACCGAUACAUCUGUUUUUCUAGUACCAAGUUAAAUGCAUCAAAUUAUAAAACUCUUUUCUAUAACAUUUUCUCACUGAGAUUCCCAGGGCUUUUAAUAUCUCCAGAAUAUAUUUUCCCAUUUUCAACAAGAUUCAAAAGUAAUAUAAACUCUAAAAAGUCUGCUGAAAAGGCUCUGCAAAAAGUAGAAGAUGAAGGAGACUCUGAUGAAGGGAGUGAUCAUAACGAGAUGAGUGAGCAGGAGGAGGAGCUGGAGGACGACCCCAGCAUAGUGAAAGACUACAAAGACCUGGACAAAGUAGUACCGUCUUUUCGGUAUGAUGUCAUCCUGAAGACAGGCCUAGAUAUUGGAAGAAACAAAGUGGAAGAUGCAUUCUACAAAGGUGAACUCAGGCUGAAUGGGGAAAAAUUGUGGAAGAAAAGCAGAACGGUAAAAGUGGGAGAUACAUUGGAUCUUCUCAUUGAAAAUGAUAAAGCAGCAGAAACAGAGACAGUGAUGCGGAUUCUCCUGAAGAAAGUGCUUGAAGAGAAGACUGACAGUGAGAAAUACAGAGUGGUGUUACGGCGGUGGAAAAAGUUAAAACUGCCUAAAAAGAGUAUGCCCAAAUAAAUGGAUUGCUUUUUAAAAGUGAUAAAGCUGCUUUCUAGUGGUGGGGAAGGGCCCAGAUUAAAAAGAGGACUUGUUCAUUAAAGUUCACCUAUGAUUUGUGGAGUCUGCUGAGCCAUUUUGUGGAAGCUGGGAUCCAUAUCUUGGAUCUUGGAGACGCUUCCUUGGCCUGGAUGUCCCCCCUGGACUUGAUGAGCAUGAGAGAGAUGACUGCUGGAUGAACUAAACCCAGGGAGGGUUCUCCUGACCAGCCUGCCGUUUCCCGCAUUGACUGCCUCGGGGGCAGGGUGAAAUAAACCUGCAUUUAUCCCUGUCAGCCAGCUUCCUUGGCUUCAGGCUUCUUAAGGCAGAAGCCAGCUAAGCAAGUUCUCCUUCAUCUCCUUAGGGGAGCCCGUUGGGAGGUGCCUUCCUCCUCUGGCCUUCAUUCCCUUCAGUCUGUCUCUAGAAGUUUGAAUAGUAAAGUCGUUCCAACUAAUUUGAAAUGA